AGAUAAGAGCAGUUAUUCUACUUCGGUGGAGUCAAACUUCAUACCCCCAAGCUCUCGCCCAUGUCGUCUGUGUCGAUCAAAAUGAAGCAAUUCAAGUAUUCCAUAGCUCAAUCUCUUCUCUGUCUCGUUGUUCUUUCGGCUUCAUCUUGCUUCGCGAGGAUUCACCUUCCUUCGACUUCGAGGUUUCAGUCGUCGCGCGCGGAGAAGCUGAUCAGAGAGCUGAAUCUGUUUCCGAAGGAGUCCAUCAACAUCGUCGACCGGAUCUCUCCGUCUGCCGCCUCUCGGAGCCCCAGGCUCGUCGAGAAGCGGUUCACGUUCCCCAACCUUGCCGAUCCUAGCGCUUCCAUUGAGAAUUUAGGCCACCAUGCCGGUUACUAUAAGAUCCAAAGCUCUUAUGCUGCUAACAUGUUCUACUUUUUCUUUGAAUCACGCAACAGCAAGAAUGACCCUGUUGUUAUCUGGUUGACUGGAGGGCCUGGGUGCAGCAGCGAGUUGGCACUUUUCUAUGAGAAUGGACCUUUCAAAAUUGCAAAUAACUUGUCACUUGUAUGGAAUGAUUAUGGCUGGGACAAGAUCUCAAACCUUAUAUAUGUUGACCAACCUACUGGAACUGGCUUCAGUUACAGUUCUGACAGCCGUGAUAUUCGCCACAAUGAAGAUGAUGUUAGCAAUGACUUGUAUGAGUUUUUGCAGGCUUUCUUUACUGAGCAUUCCGAGUAUGCUAAGAAUGACUUCUACAUCACUGGAGAAUCAUAUGCUGGGCACUAUAUACCUGCUUUUGCUUCAAGAGUCCACAAGGGAAACAAGGCUAAUGAAGGAAUUCACAUAAAUCUAAAGGGAUUUGCCAUUGGUAAUGGACUUACUGAUCCAGCAAUCCAGUAUAAAGCUUAUCCUGAUUAUGCAUUGGAGAUGGGAAUAAUUUCAGAGUCUUAUCAUAAGACCUUGGUAAAGGUGCUUCCAGUUUGUGAGGCAGCAAUAAAGCUAUGUGGAACUCAAGGGACAGUCUCUUGCAUUGCUGCCUAUUAUGUUUGUGAAGCUGUAUUUGAAGCUAUCCUCUUACGUGCUAAUGGCAUAAAUUACUAUGACAUCAGGAAGCAGUGCGAGGGGAGUCUCUGCUAUGACUUCUCAAACAUGGAGACCUUGCUGAAUGAGAAAUCUGUUAAGGAAGCUCUUGGAGUUGGUGAUAUCGAAUUUGUAUCUUGUAGUACUACGGUGUAUCAGGCCAUGCUUGUUGACUGGAUGAGAAAUCUUGAAGUAGGCAUUCCUGCAUUGCUCGAGGAUGGAAUACAGAUGCUUAUAUAUGCAGGAGAGUACGAUCUUAUCUGCAACUGGCUUGGUAACUCAAGAUGGGUACAGUCUAUGGAAUGGUCGGGCCAGGAUGAUUUUGUAGCAUCUUCAGAAGUACCGUUUGAAGUUGAUGGCUCGGAAGCUGGGUUAUUAAAAAGCUAUGGGCCUCUUAGUUUCCUCAAGGUCCACGAUGCAGGACACAUGGUUCCAAUGGAUCAGCCGAAAGCUGCACUGGAGAUGCUACAGAGGUGGACUGCUGGCACGCUUUCUGUGAACAUUACCAAACCAGAAAGCUUAGUCUCCUCGAUGUGAUUUCCGGGAAGCAUUUCACGAAUUUCAUUAAGUUAUAUGUAAAUAUGCAUGCCAAUCUUAUUCUCUACCAUGCAACUAAAACUAAAAAAAAAAUGACACAACCUCGCCGAAGUUCAUGAUUAAAGACAACUAAUUAAGUUUAUGCUGCUAUUCUG